AUGAGGGGUGGCGGCAUCGAGAACCCGGUGUUUGAGCCACCCAGUCCCGACCUCGGCCGGCAGCGCCAAGCAAGCCCCGCCGGGGCAGGUGCCGGCGUCCCGGCGGUGCCUGAGCCUGAGCCUGAGCCUGAGCCUGAGCUUGAGCUUGAGGAGGGGCCCUGCGGGUGGGGCCGCUGCACCCCUAAGGCUCUGCAGCUCUGCAACAACCCCGAGGGCUACCUGGCUGCCUACAGCCUCCUGGCUAUCUUCCAAGGUAUUGUGGUAAAUGGCCUGAUUAACAUUAGUAUUUCAACAAUUGAGAAGCGUUAUGAGUUGAACAGUUCCCUCACUGGCUUAAUCUCUGCAAGCUAUGACAUCGCUUUUUGUAUAUUGUCACUGUUCGUAUCUUUCUUUGGAGAAAGAGGACACAAACCACGAUGGCUUGCUUUCUCAGCCUUUAUGCUAGGAUUGGGCUCACUUGUAUUUUCCUUACCACACUUCAGUAGUGGAAAAUACCACUAUGGAGCUAAACUUGAGGACACGUGUCAAAUUCCAGGAACAAGCCCUACUAACUUCACUUGCAGUGCCAGCACGAAGUCUUCACUUCCCAACUAUCUGUACGUCUUUAUCCUGGGGCAACUGCUGCUAGGAAUUGGAGGAACUCCACUAUAUACUUUGGGGACAGCUUUUAUUGAUGACAGUGUCCCAAAACACAAGUCUUCCCUUUAUAUAGGAAUUGGCUAUGGCAUGUCACUGCUGGGUCCUGCUAUUGGCUAUGUCUUAGGAGGGCAGCUACUUAAUAUUUAUAUUGAUAUCCAGAUCCCAGAAAGUACAAAUAUGGAUCCAGAUGACCCACGUUGGCUUGGAGCAUGGUGGAUAGCAUUUCUUGCAUGCUUUUUUACAAUUUGGCUCCUUAUAAUACCUUUUUCAUGCUUUCCAAAACACCUACCAGGAACAGCAAAGAUACAGGCUGAAAAAAUCUCUGAAACUCAUAAUGAUGGAAGUGAGGCACUUGUUGAGACUAAGAAUAUUGGAAAAAGUUUUAAAGACUUUCCCAUGGCUCUCCUGAUACUGUUGAAGAAUCCAGUGCUUAUGAGUCUAAUAAUAGCUAGUUCUUCAGAAGCUUUAGUUGCCACUGGCUUUGCCACAUUUCUACCAAAGUUUAUAGAAAAUCAGUUUGGAAGGACAUCAAGCUUUUCAGCAACUCUUGGAGGGCUUGUAUUAAUUCCAGCAGCAGCACUAGGCCAAAUCAUAAGCGGCAUCUUGGUUUCCAAGUGCAAAAUGGAUUGCAAAAGCAUAAUCAAGUUCAUGACAGGCACUUGUACAGUGGCCCUACUGUUAAACACAGUGUUUUUAUUUGCUAAAUGUGGGAACGAACCUUUUGCAGGUGUCUCUGAAACAUAUAAUGGAACCGGCACGCUAUAUAACUUAACAGCACCAUGCAAUGCUAACUGCAGGUGUUUGCGCUCUAUGUACUACCCUGUUUGUGGCAGAGAUGAAGUCCAGUACUUUUCUCCCUGUUUCGCAGGAUGUGCAUCUCAUCUUUUUAACAACAUGGAAAAGAAGUACUACAACUGUUCCUGUAUUGGGAGUCCAAAAAUAGAAAAUGGUUCGGAAGACUUCCUCUAUGAAGCUGUCCCUGGGAAAUGUCCAACACAGUGCAAAUUUUUACCUCUGUUCCUGACCUUCUUCUUUUUUGCUGUUGUUUUUACAUUUAUGGCUGUUACUCCAACAACUGUGGCCAUUCUCAGGUGUGUGCCAGAUAAACAGCGCUCACUUGCUCUUGGAGUACAGUCAGUGUUUCUACGACUGUUGGGUACUAUUCCUGGACCAAUUUUGUUUGGUGUUGCUAUAGACAACAGUUGUACUCUAUGGGAUAUUAAUGAAUGUAAAACGAAAGGAGCCUGUUGGGUUUAUGACAAUGAAAGAAUGGCUUAUCUGCUGAUGGGUAUAAGUGCUGCUUGCAAAAUCAUCACGAUCAUCUUUGUGGUCAUGGCAGUAUGUUUGUAUAAGCCUCCACCAGCAAGUGCAGGCCUGGCACAAAAGGAUUCAGAAAUGGUAUCUUCUGUACACACAUAAAUCAUGAGGAAAUCAGGGCUUUGGAAAGACACCAAUAAGAAUAAGCGCUGCUACACCACUUGUACCGAAGUUCUUGUACACCAUUACCUAAAUAUAAAAGAUCCUAUUCAAUUCUUGAACACCUUAAAAUAUUUGUGAAUGUGUAGUGUUCUCUAACUUGCUAAACAUACUUUUUAGUAUUCCAUUGUGUGUAUCCAAAAAAGUGACACUUAAAUUUACAGUCUCAUUUUGAAUGUCUGAUUUAUAACUUCAAUGAAAAAAGAUGGAAUACUCUGAUUAAAACAAACAAACAAAAAAAACCACAACCAAAAAAACCCAAAACAAAACAGAAAAGUGAGUUAACUCUGGGGUGUCUGUGAGCCCCAUUUCCUCCUGCUUAUAAAAUAAUACCUAAGUGAGACCGUAGUGGGAGAAAACAAGUAACUUGGUAUAUUAAAGGAAACUGUGGAUGUUUAAAAUGGACCUAUUUUAAUGUGCACAUAAUCUGGCCUAGUGCCUUAGUUGGGGAUUUUAACUGUAGAUGCACUUGGGCAUGUGCAAGUAUGGACAAGUUUUAAAAAUAUCUUUACAUGUUGUUGGCAUAAGUAUCCUUUUUAGUAUUUGUAGAAAUGUAAAUAGUUAUAGGAUAGCUGGGUUUCUAACAGUAAAAUGUUUGUUAAUUUAAGUGCAUGGGUUUCUGUCUGGAACAUAUAUGGAAAGUUGCUGUCUAGCUGCUUUCUUAAGGCAUUGU